CCAAUGCCCAUCCCCACCACCACCACCAUCCCCUUCCACCUGCACCUUCAACAAUAAACUGAACCAAAAGUCAGCGCGCGCGCGCCCCUCCCUUCUCCAUAGCCAAGAACUCGACCCCGCGCCGAGCUAAUGGAGGGGGACGCCGGGUGGUACUACCACAGCGGCGGCACCAACGACUGGGACCUCAACGCCGUCGUGCGCUACGCCUGCGGCGGCCGCGGCCGCGUCUCGCCACCGCCGUCGUCGUCGUCUGACGACCCCUUCUCCACCUUCUACCCGCCACCACCGCCGCCGCAAGAGCUGUCGACGGGUGACAGGCUGUUCGGCGCGAACACGUCGCUGCCUGACCUGCCCUUCGACGGAAACUCUGCCGUCGUCGACGAGCUCUCCACUGCCUUCUUUGGGCCGCCGGCACCGCCGCUGGCCCCACAUCUGCCGCUUCAGCAGCAGCAGCAGCAAGCCAUGGCAACAAACGAUGUACCGGUUCAGAUGCAGCAGGGCUACGCGGCGCCGCCGCCGGCCGGGCAUCUGCCGCUUCAGCAAGCGGUGGCAACAAACGAUGCACCGGUUCAGAUGCAGCAAGGCUACGAGGCGCCGCCGCCGCCGCCCGUGCCGGUGCCGCAGACCUCUGGCCUGCAAGCCUCCGGCGGCGAGGGGGCAGCAAGAUCCAAGCAGAAAAAGUACGUCCCUAAUACUCUGAAUUUCAGUUUUUUGACGAAUAAAAUGUUGCCGAUCGUCAUGCUCGUGCUCGAUCAUGCGUGCCGUCCGUGGCUAAUCUGUGGAUGCGUUGUGCGUACGUGCAGGAAGAAGCCGGUGCAGAGAGAGGUGAAGCGCGUGGCGGCGAACGGCGUGUCGGCGGACCCGUGGGCGUGGCGCAAGUACGGGCAGAAGCCCAUCAAGGGGUCCCCCUACCCGCGCGGCUACUACCGGUGCAGCACCGAGAAGGCCUGCGAGGCGCGGAAGAUGGUGGAGCGCUGCCGCGACGACCCGGACUCCUUCAUCCUCACCUACACCGGCGGCGACCACAACCACCCCGCGCCCAUCCACCGCAACUCCCUCGCCGGCACCACGCGCAACAAGCAGCACGCUGCCGGCGGACACAUCGCUCCCGGCGGCGCCACGGCCACGGCGGUGGCGAUGGCGGCGGAGCCGAGCCCGGGGCAGUCCACGUCGGGCGGGACGUCCGCGUCGCCGACGACGUCCCCGCGCUCACCUUCAGCGGAGGAGUGCAACCAGGAGGAGGUCCAGUGCGACGAGGCCGGCGGAGCGAGCAAGGACGUGGAGAUGGAGGGCGAGGAGGAUGACGAGCUGAAGAAGCUCCUGGACACCGCAAUUGGGGUCGGUGGCGUCUCCAGCAGGUACGCGGCAAUGGAGGACCACGGUGGCGCCGGAGUGUCGCCGUUCCUCAACGUCGUCGAGGAGACGUUCGUCGUCACGCCGUGGGUCACGGCCCUCGGCGACGCGACCGGCUGGAGUUGACUCCAUAUUACAUACAUUGCCAUAUAUAGCAGCGUGCUGUUGCGAGUUAAUCAUGGCUUGUUGCAGCAGUACUAGAAUCGUAGACAGAUAGAGG